AUGAGCGCUUGUUACAUGUUAGAAAACUGUGUGCGGGCGCCUACGGCUUUUGGUGCUCCAUCUCACGGCGAUGUGCUGGCACAGGUGCUGCUCUAUGCCCCAAACGUUGUGGGUUACUUCCGUCUGGGCCUGCUCGUCGCGGGCGUGGGGGUGGCGUGUGUCUCCAGCAACUUUGAGCUGUGCUGGUGGCUGUUUUUUGUGAACUUUAUACUGGACGGUGUGGAUGGGGCGCUCGCCAGGCGGCUGAACCAGACAUCCAGUUUUGGCGCUUUCCUCGACGUCAUUGUUGACAACGCCUCCAGAGGAGUACUAUGGACCUGGGCUGUACCAGGGCCCUUUGGGGUCCUGCCACCCCUAAUGGAGAUGCUGACAUUUGUUUGCACACACAAGGCGAGUGGUGCUCAGUGGAGGACAGGGUUUUUUGCAAACGCUCCUUGGUGGGUUCAGAUGGUCAUGAAGAAUGGGUUUAAAACUCCACCAGGCAUCGUGGCGGUGAUUGGACUAAUGGGAUGUCCACUGUGGGUGUGGGCCUUGAAGCAUCUGCCAAACACCGUGUACUCUUCCUUGUGGGUGGGGGCGGUGACCGUUGCGGGCCGCCUGCUGGCCUUCUCUGUGGAGCUGUGGGUACUGAAGCGCUACAUGGCGAUGCUCCUCAAGGAAGACUCCAGGUAG